GAAUUUAAUGAACUCUCGUUCUAUGCGAGACUUGCAAACCAAAUAUGGCUGCCAGGGAUGGAAGAUUAGCCAAUCUUGUCAACACUUUGUGUCGAAAUAACCGUUUUUCUCCACAGUUCUAACUGCCCGUGAACACCUAAAAGUCGCUCGUAGACCGGAAAACCUGUAGGGAUCCAAAAUGUCGUCGGAAAGUGAUGAUGAGGAGUUCUACGACGCGAAGGAAAACGUUUCCCUGACGCAAAGUCCAGCACAGAGGGCUCAACAGAAAGUGGGUGGUGCUCAAGGCCCUGAAGGUCCUCAGCUGUCAAAAAAACAGGAAGAACAGAAUGAACUUGCCAGAAAGGAAGAAGACAGAAAAGCUAAGGAAGAAGAGGAGAGGAAGAGAAAGGAAGAGGAAGAAAGAAAGAAGCGAGAACAGGAGGAAUUGGAAAAGCAAUUGGAGGAAAAUGAAAGGAGAAGAAAACGUCUGCUUGCCAUGAGAAGACAGAUAGAAGAGGAAGAAGAGCAUGCAGGAGACAGUCCCCAACCGGAUGAAACCGGUUCUGAAGAGGCUCCCGAUGACGCUAAACCAGUUCAAACCAGUGAGGAACCUCCUGAAACUACUUUGGACCCAGAAACAAAACCGGAUCCUGUGGAGAAGGAUACAAGUGAAGAAUGUGUCCCAAGCCCGACACCAAGCCCUACUCCAAGUCCCACCCCAGAAGCAGGGGACGGCUUCAAAACAACAAAAGACAUCUCCGAAAUGCAAGCAGAUUCUGAAGUAGAAACUAUCCUUGAGCAAAAAGUUGAAAAAGAGAAAGAAAACUCCAAGGAGAUAUUGAAGUCAACAGACAAAGAAGAAAAGGUUGAAGACGAACCCAAGACAAUGACUGUAGAACCAGACAUAGUUGCUAGUACUAAACCUGACAUUGUAGCAGUGAGUAAGGAGAGACCUGGUAGUCUUAAGGUGCCUCCACCACGCCCUCCUCCUCCCGUGGCCCCGCCCAGAAGACAGAAGAAGAAAUCAGCAAAUGAAACCCCAGAGAAUGAAGCCCAAGAAACUCCUACCAAGUCUUCCCUUGUUGAAGGAGGGAAGGAUGAACCCAAGGGUCUCCUUACUCCAACAUCUGAGGCUAUUGAGAGUCUAACUAAGGAGUUAGAGAGGUCACUGGACAUGAAGGGUGCAACCAGUGGGUCCACCUUGGUCAAAAUUCAGCAUGAUGAUGAGUCCACCAAGGCAGAGCCGACCCCUCCCACCUCCCCUGUGGGCAACAAGGCUGAGACGAGUUUCAAACCCGCAGAGGAGGCUAGUGCCGCUGUAGGGGAGAAGGAGAGCCCCGCCUUACCUCGUCUCAGGUCCGCGUCUGGACGACCGCUCACUGAUGAGGAAAUCUUGGAGCAGGUGAUGAUUAAGAACCUGGAUACGGGAGAGCUGGUUCCGUUGAGUCAAGCUGAGGACAAGCUGCCCAAAUGUAUGAACCCCCUGUCCUUACACAUCAUCAGGAGGACCAAGGAGUAUGUCAGUAACAACAGCCUGAACAAGGAUGACUCAGACACAGAGAGUGUGGAGGGGCAAGCUGACAGAGGGAAGACCAUGCACCAGGCUGAGGAGAAGUUAAAGAAGGGAACGAAGCAACUCAAGAAGCUGUUUGGAAAAGCCGUGGAAAAGUCGGUUAGUAAGAUCAAGGAGAUCAAAGAUGAGGUGUUUGCCGGAGAAGACAGCUCCUCUAGCGAUGAUGAAACAGAUACCAGAACCAUCAAGAUCAAGUCUUCCUCCAGUAAUAAGGGUCCGUAUGAGUUUGACCAGCUCAGACUGGUACAGGACCUGAGUGGUGAACACACGGGUGCUGUCUGGACAAUGAAGUUUUCCUGUUGUGGAAGAUUGUUGGCUACUGCAGGACAGGACAAUAUCUUGAGAGUGUGGGUGCUGAAGGGGGCACAUGUCUAUUUUGACGAGAUGAGACACAAGUACGCCAUGGAAGCCAGGGCAUCCCCGUCCCCUUCCCAAGAAAGUCUGUCUUCUUCUCAAUCCCACAGCCAGACUGGAUCAGGCACUCCAUCAGAAGAACCUGUGGAACACGAGGGUCCAUUCCGACAGAUCCCCUUCUGUUCCUACCGUGGCCACACCGCCGAUGUUCUCGACCUGUCCUGGUCUAAGAACUAUUUCAUCCUGUCUUCCUCCAUGGACAAGACGGUGCGCCUGUGGCACAUCUCCAGGAGGGAGUGCCUCUGCUGCUUCCAGCACAUCGACUUUGUCACAGCCAUAGCUUUCCACCCACGGGAUGACCGAUAUUUCCUGAGCGGGUCUUUGGAUGGGAAGUUACGUCUGUGGAACAUUCCAGACAAGAAGGUGGCCCUGUGGAACGAGCUAGACGGUGACAUCAAGCUCAUCACUGCGGCAAACUUCUGCGAAAACGGCAGAUUCGCCGUGGUGGGGACGUAUGAUGGGCGCUGUAUAUUCUUUGACACUGAGCAUCUGAAGUACUUUACCCAGAUCCAUGUACGCUCCACAAGGGGAAAGAAUUCCAAGGGCAGAAAGAUCACUGGUAUUGAACAGCUACCAGGGGAACAUAAGAUUUUGGUGACCUCCAAUGACUCCAGGGUCCGGCUGUAUGACUUGCGAGACUUGUCUCUGUCCUGCAAGUACAAGGGUGGAACCAACACCAGCAGUCAGAUCAAGGCUAGUUUGAGUCACAAUGGGAAGUUCAUUGUGUGUGGAUCAGAAGACCACUACAUCUACAUCUGGAAAACCUACUACGACUACAGCAAGUUCACAUCCGUCAGGAGGGACAGGAACGACUUCUGGGAGGCAUUCAGGG